AUGGACGUCUUCUACAUGUAUACGUAUGGCACAGGCGCCUGGCUAAGUUUGCAGGGCUUAACCCUCGUCGCGUCGCCCAAACUGAUCAUCGCCUUGCUCCUUGACGAGCCUCGCCCCCCAUCUGGAUUGGAAGUCUACUUUGCGCGCUCACUUGGCUUAACUCUGAUUACACUCUCCGUCCUAACCGUGAUUCUAACCGGGUCCAUCCCGCUAACGUCCGAAUAUGCCAUAAGCCCCGAAGAAAACGACCCCAAAGCCCCCUACGCCGUGCCGACGCUUAUGAUAACUUCCGCGCUCCAUGCCACGGCAGCGUCCUAUGCAUAUACAUGGGUUGUCUGGGGAGGGGGUGUAGCUUAUAUGGUGGGAAUGAUGGUUUCCGGAGGACUGUCAGCAAUAGGCCUCUGGUGUAUGCUGUUUGCAAGCACAAAGGGCCGAAUCAGCAGGAGAACAGGGGCAGAUAAGAGGAUGAGCGGGUUCCCGUUUGACAACACACAGGCAGACAAGAAAAGGCAGAAAAAGCGAAUGUAA